AUGGCAAAACCAACAGAACCCCAUGUCAUCUACCCUAAGUGGUUUGGGGGUUCAGCAUCAUGCAUGGCUGUACUUGUUUCUCAUCCUUUGGACUUGAUAAGAAUGCAGAUGCAGUGCGGAGCUAAAGUCGGCACCCUCGCUACCGGAGUUCGAAUCAUUCGAGGGGAAGGCAUAUCUGGGCUCUAUAACGGGCUCUCCGCAGGAUUUAUGAGACAGUUGACAUAUGGCUCAGUCCGCAUUGGUCUCUACGAGACACUGAAAGAGCAAACAAAGUCAAAUGAUAUUCCAAACUCCCCACCUGUGCUUGGUCUACUUGCAGGUAUAUCAGGGUUUGUCGGUGCCAUAUUCGGCAACGCUUCGGACAUUGGAAAUAUCCGCAUGCAGAAUGACGGCUCAUUGCCUCCAGAACUUCGGCGCAAUUAUCGCCACAUCUUCGAUGCGUGGACACAGAUCAAACGACAAGAAGGAUGGAAAGCUUUUGGGCAGGGAUUAUGGCCAAAUGCCUUCCGCUGUGGCAUGAUGACUAGCUGCCAGCUUGCCUCAUAUGAUACCUUCAGGGACAUUCUAGCUGCGAGCACUGGCGUUUCUAGCGAGCAUCCUGGAUUACACGUGUCGGCUUCUUUCAUGGCUGCACUGGUUGCUACUACGGUAUGCAGUCCUAUUGAUGUCAUCAAAACGCAGAUGAUGGGGGCUUCGGGAAGAUAUGGAGUUCUGCAGGUCAUCAAGGAUCUUACCAUUUCCGAAGGUAUCAGAUGGAUCUUUCGAGGCUGGACGCCUAGUCUUGUCCGCUUGGGACCCCAAACAGUGGCGACAUUAGUGCUUCUGGAGCAACACAAGCGAGUAUUUCGAGAGUUUAAACAAGCAGAUGUCCGGAAAGUUACCCAAUGA